AUGGAGGCUGAGAACCUCACUUCUAUUACUGAAUUCAUCUUGGUGGGACUCACCAGCCACCGCAAGACCCAGAUUUUGCUCUUUGUGGUCGUCCUCAACAUCUAUUUGCUUACCAUUGCGGGGAACCUGGUGAUCAUCAUGCUUGUUCGGACUGACUCUCACCUCCACACACCCAUGUACUUCUUCCUGACUCACCUUGCAGGGGUGGAGAUAUGUUAUGUCACCAGCACUUUGCCCCAGAUGCUGUUCAACCUCCUGACCAGAAAUGGUGCCAUUUCUUUAACAUGUUGUGCACUCCAGAUGCACCUGGUAUUGACCCUGGGUGGCACUGAAUGUGUUUUGCUUGGUGCCAUGGCCUAUGACCGUUACUUGGCCAUUUGCCACCCCUUGCUUUAUGCCAUCCUCAUGGGCAGGUGGCGCCAACUGCAACUGGCUUCGGUUUCCUGGCUGGUAGGCAUCCUUCUUGCAACAAUCAAUGUGGGCUGCACUUUCAGCCACCUUUUCUGUGGCCCCAAUCGUGUCAACCACUUCAUCUGUGAGCUUCCUGUAGUGCUGAAACUUGCAUGUGCCAACACUCACAUCACUGAGUUUGUGGUUUUCAUGACGGCUGCUAUCAUCCUCCUGGGCCCUCUUUCUGUUAUUUUGACCUCAUAUGGGUUCAUUUUGUCUACUGUACUGAAAAUGCAGUCAAGCUCUGGCAGGCAAAAGGCCUUCUCAACAUGCACCUCUCAUUUGAUGGUGGUCACCGUGUUUUACGGCACUGUCAUCACUAUGUACAUGAGACCUGGGUUGGGCACAGCCUCUGAUUUUGACAAGAAAAUUGCAGUGUUUUAUAUUUUGGUCAGCCCCCUGCUCAAUCCUAUCAUUUACACCCUUAGGAACAAGGAUGUCCAUAGGGCAGCAGCUAAGGUUCUGCAAAGAUGGGGUUUGAAACACAAAUGA